UCACUGCAGAUUUUAACAACAACAGAAGGGAAUAGUGGUGUUCUGUGAUGGAUUCUUGUCGCUAAAUGGGAAGCCGUUUGGUGGCAAUGCAGGUUUCUGAAUUACUAGACUGUUCUCUACCACUUUCACCCUUCAUACUGUUUAGGCUAGCCUCCCUCGUUCUCCUCCCACCCCCAAAGAACAAAGUCAUCUCUAUGGAAGAUCAUCAAAUAGCCUAAAACCCCUUAUUUUCUUCCCCCCUUGUUCUCUAGCACCAUCUUGUGGUAGUUUUGACAGCAGCAAUAUAUUUUGUCAGCCUUCACAUUUUUAAAUGUCAGUUUGUUUAAUUGUAUAAUAUCUUUCAGUUAAUAACUUUAGCUGUUCUUUAUUGAUGACAGCAAAAACUUUAUGUAGCAGAGGUGGCAAUUUCAGGUCCAGAAAGUAAAAAUCCAGACCAAGAUUUACUUUCACCCAACCAGUUGAGCAUAAAGUGUCACAGAGUACUCAUCUGGCUAGCUGAAACGAUAUCUUGGUCUGGAUUUGUACUUUUUGGGCCUGAAAUGUUCACAUCUGAUGUAUAGUAAUAUAGGGUUAAACCACUUUCUGUUUCCAAAACAGCCGUAUCUUUGUAUAAGCCCUAUAUACGUCUUGUAACCUCUCAUCCAAUUUACUUUUUAUCUUUUGUGUAACUGUGGAGGAUGGCAUGCUUUUCCAAAGAAAUUACGUCAGGAAAAGCAGAAAGGAUCGAUUCCCCUUGUUGAAUAAUUUGUUUGUGUUGCGGAAUCCAUCCAACAGGAAUCCAACUGCGUUAGUUUGCCAAAAAAAACAUCGAGCUGUGGUGUUGGGACAGCAGACCGGUCGACGCGGACGACCCAAGCCUUAGGGUCUUAGUGCCUGUACAGGCAGCUGGACGCCUCUGAACACGGAGACGGAAAUGGCCGACUGUGUCCCGUUGAGCCGUGCAGAUUAGUACCUGGGUUUCCAGGACAGUGUGUCACAUGACCGGCGGCCUGCACGUCUGAGGCGCUUCCCCCGGCACGGGCGGCCUGCCAUCUGCCCGAGCUGUUUCUGUUGCCGGGCUCCUUACUGCACGCGAGCGUUGUCUCGUUAAUUGGGAUUAGGCCCGCUGAAGACCUAACAUACUUGUAUUACGAUGGGACACAGGGAUAAUUGUUUCCAGGGUUCCCUUUAAAUGUGGCUCUUGUUUCCUCGUAAAAUGCUUCGCUUUUGUUAUAUUCUGCUGUGUCUUGAAGGCCAGUGAAUUUGACCUGAGGAACUUUUUAUUUUGCACCUCCCCCCGUGGCAUUUGCUGAUUCAGACGAGUUUAAGUAAUUAGCUCAAACUCAAUAUAAUGACACGGCCUUUCGUUGUAAUCUAUUAUUCCCCAUUUAAAAUGCUUUUAGAAUUCUUCUUAUUUUAACUCUUAUGCAGACAGUCACUAUUUAAUUGUCUAAGAGCCCCUGCUAAUGUCUUUAUCAUUCUGAAGUUAGUCAGACUUGUUCAUCAGUUUUUGCUUCGUCGUCAAGAUAGUUCUGGGUGGCCAUGCUUUCCAGCUAUUUUAUGUCAAGGUUGUCCCUCUCCUGUGCUCCUCUACCAGUCCAUCUGUGAAUGUUGUUUAAAAAAAAUGGCCUGACAUUGGUUGCUGAACUGGGAGCACCACUUUGUGAAUGAACAGUGCGAUAAUAGGUCACACGAUAGUACAUAUCCAAGUAUUCCACUGUCCCAGAACUGGUCUGGGGUGGCGUAGAUGAUCACAGCACCUGACACUGACUGAUCCAAUUUGCAGAUCUCUUCAUCCAUCCAGUAUUAGCUUGUUUUGGUUGCCAGGCAAGGAAUCAUGGGAGUUUGGGGCUUAGCCGGUGGGAGUAUAAAACAGCACUCGCAGUCGUUUCUGGAUUAAGAAUCUUUCGGAGCUUUGUAAGCUGUUGGAUCUGUACCUUACCUCGCUCGUAUAGCAUGGCUCUUGAGGACUCGGACAUGGACUCUGUUGGCGAGGUCGAAGCAGUUGAGCAUGACGUGGAGACUCCAUAUGGCAAAGUCCACUGCACCUUGAAGGGGGUCCCCAAGGGCGAUCGGCCCGUCAUCCUCACCUACCAUGACAUCGGACUGAACCACAAAAACUGCUUCAGCCCGUUGUUCACUCACGAGGACAUGCAGGAGAUCAUGCAGCACUUUGCCGUCUGCCACGUGGAUGCACCCGGUCAGCAGGAGGGAGUUGCCACAUUUCCAUCUGGAUACGAAUACCCUUCCAUGGACCAGCUGUCUGAAACUAUUCCUCUAGUCCUCAAGCAUUUUGGUCUUAAAAGUAUCAUUGGCUUGGGAAUUGGCGCCGGAGCCUAUAUCCUUGCGAAGUUUGCCCUGGACUACCACACCAUGGUGGAGGGACUGGUUCUGAUCAAUAUUAACCCAUGUGCCGAAGGCUGGAUGGAUUGGGCUGCAAACAAGAUCACUGGAUGGGCUCAGGCCCUUCCUGACAUGAUCAUCACCCAUCUCUUCGGGAAGGAGGAGAUCCAGAACAACCAUGACCUGAUUGCCACAUACCGUCACCACAUCCAAACUGACGUCAACCAGUCCAACCUCCAGCAUUUUGUCAAGGCCUAUGGAAGCCGGAGGGAUCUAGAGAUCGAGCGGCCUGUCCCUGGAGGACACAUUACAGUGAGGACCCUGAAGUGCCCUGCUCUCCUGGUCGUUGGAGACAGCUCUCCAGCAGUUGAUGCUGUGGUGGAAUGUAAUACGAAGCUGGACCCGACCAAGACUACUCUUCUGAAGAUGGCGGAUUGCGGCGGCCUGCCCCAGGUUGACCAGCCUGGAAAACUGACUGAAGCUUUCAAGUACUUCAUCCAGGGGAUGGGCUACAUGCCCUCGGCUAGCAUGACCAGACUGGUGCGCUCCCGCACGGCCUCCGGCUCCAGCGUGACCUCCUUCGACGGCAACCGGAGCCGCUCGCACACCAACGAGGGCGGUCGCAUGCGCGCUCACACCGCUGACAACCAGCGCCAUGCGCCCCCCGAUGGCCCCGGUGAGAGCGGUGGGACCGCUGCCGACCAGGCCGUGCCCAAGUCCACCGAAGUGUCCUGCUAGAGCGGCCAACACAUGCCCCUCGUCCGACCUGUGCUGCCCUACUGCUAGCUGCACAAUAAGGACCACAAUUACCUACCUAAAACUAAUAAUAAACAAAAAAACGCAUAUAGCUACUUUGAAAGGCGCUCCCUUUCCCUCUGCCAAAGAUCCUUUCUUGCGAAAAGGACCCCAGCCACGUUGAUCAGUUGUAACAAAACGAAACGCACAGGGCUUGGGUUGGCUAGAAGCGGGGGCGGCAAGGGUGGGGGGGGAUUGUUGGGAACCUGCUGUAGGCAACCUUGUACAUUCCUAUUCUUUCCCUUCGACCAAUGUAUUUUCCUGGCUCUGGAUUCAGUCCAUUGUGGGGGUGGGUGGGUUGACUCUCAGUUUGAGAAAUGGAACUUCCUCAAACUGGAGAUUACAGCUACAGGGAACAAAAGAAACGCUGUUUGGCCGCUGUUUUUCGGGGCCAAAUCUACGGCUUCUAAUGCACCGUCAUAAUCAUUUUUAGUUCGGUAAUCCUUAUAUCUUAUUGGACUAUUUGAAUUCUUUCACGCUUUCAGAUUUCUUUCACUCCACUUAACAGAAUUUGAUUAUCUUAGCCAUUGCUUUUGGGUAUAAGUCAUUAUCCUUCGUUGAUUUGCGCUGUUUAAUUGAAAUUGAGUUUACAGUAGUGUUCAAAUUGAAGUAUUGCAGUUCAAGGAAAUACUGUGUGUGUUUUCUGUAAAAUCGACUUUCUAUGCAAGCAAUAACAGAAGAACAAAAAAAAUAUAUAUGCCAUCGAACCAGGCAUUUGGAUUGUCUGUGAUGUGCUUGGGGUGUGAGGUGGAGGAGCACAUUGACAGCCUGUGAAACCCUUGAUAACCUGCAGAUCUCUGCCGGCUUGUGCGAACCCUGCUCUGUAAAGUUGCAGACCUGCUUACUGUAGAUGGCGAGUUUUCUUAAUUACAUAAUGGUUUCUAUUUAUUAAAGAAAUGUAACUUUG